AUGAUCGCUUUGCCAAGUCUUCUCGUCUCCCUGUUCGCCGCAAGCUCAGUGCUUGCAGUGCCUACGGAGCGCGGGCCAGCCUUCCAUGAACUCCUCUUUGCGGAGCGUGAUGCCAACGUGACUGAGUUCUCCGAUCUGGUUGCACGUCAGUCUCAGAGCCAGACGGGAACCAACAACGGCUAUUACUAUUCGUUCUGGACCGACGGCGGCUCUCAGGUCACCUACACAAACGGACCUGGUGGCCAGUACAGUAUAACUUGGGGCAGCGGUUGGAACCCGGGCAGCGCCCGCGAGAUUACCUACUCGGGUACAUACUCUCCCAAUGGCAACUCGUAUCUUGCCGUCUAUGGCUGGACGAGAAACCCCUUGAUCGAGUACUACAUUGUCGAGAACUUUGGCACCUACAACCCCAGCACGGGGGCCACCCGCCUCGGGUCUGUGACGUCGGAUGGCGGGACGUACGACAUCUACCGAACGCAGCGAGUCAACCAGCCAAGCAUUGACGGCACGGCGACCUUCUACCAGUACUGGUCCGUCCGGCAGUCCAAGAGAACUGGAGGGACCGUGAACACGGCCACCCACUUCAAUGCAUGGACUCAGUCUGGCCUUACGCUAGGCACGCACAAUUACCAGAUUGUCGCCACCGAAGGGUAUUUCAGCACCGGCUCGUCGACAAUCACUGUUGGAUCUUCCGCCGGCGGAAACAGCGGAGGUGGUACCACUUCAUCAGCUCCUGCGACCUCGCCGACUCCCCCUGCAAGCAGUUGUGCCGCCUUGUAUGGACAGUGCGGUGGCCAAGGAUGGACGGGGUCUACGUGCUGCUCGUCAGGGACAUGCAAGGCCGCCAACACGUACUAUUCUCAGUGCUUGUAA